AUGUCCUCCAUUAACUUGCCUCCGCCGCAUCUCAACGAAUCGAUACGAGAAAUUCCAACCGACCAAGCAUGCUGGAGCGACAGCCAUGGUGGGCAUUUCGCCCUCUUCCCAGCACCCGAGCCACUUCCCGAUUCCAAGCCCCUCAGAGAAGAAGACUCGUCUCCCAUCUCUCGAGUCCACGCAGUCGACAACCAGGCGGCGGUUUGGCGCCCAGGCGAAGCCUUCAUCAAAGCCCAUCACAUGGACUACCCCGAUGUGACCAGAGAGUAUGUUACGCUACAGUUUCUCAAGGACCGGCAGCCCCCAUGUGGCUUUGACUUUCCGGAUGUAUUGUAUCAUUUUGAGACUGGCUCACGGUACUUCCUCGUCGUCUCGCGAGUUCCCGGCCAAAUCCUUGAAGAGGCUUGGCGCAAUAUGGACGAGACCCUUCGCCAGCAUUAUGUUGCCAAGGUGCCAGAUGUUUGCGAUUGCUUGGCAACGUGGAGGGGCGAUAUCAUCGGUGGUGUGGAUGGACACCAGCUGUUGGAGCGUUAUCUCGUCAAAGGCAGCAACAGCAAGAUGGUGGAUGAUGAUGCCCUUUCUCUACAGCAGCUCCUGAAGAAUUGUACCGAGAUGGCUAUGGAUGUUUCUACACUUGUUUUUUAUCAUUGCGAUCUUGGUCCUACUAACCUUCUUGUUAAUGUCUCGACUGGCUCGCUGGGCAUCAUUGAUUGGGAGCUUGUUGGCUAUGUUCCUGUCGACUGGGUCAGAACGAAGUUUCGACUCUCGGUGGGAAUGGAUUUCAAUCAUGGGAUGGGGGAUUCGAAAAGGGACUGGCGCCGUAGAGUCGCCUAG